AUGGCCACAGAUGACCAACAACCGCCAAAACAAAAACAACCAAAAAGGGACUGUCAAAUCAGUUGGCAGCUUCACAGUGGUCCACAGCGGUCGACAGGAUUUGUCCAGUUCGAUUGCACGGAUAUAUACAGACAAAUCAAAUUCACGAUGAUGAGCUAUGUGAUAGCAGCUCACACGCAAUUGAAAAAAGUGCGUUUUUUUUCUGGACCAGGAAUAUCUAGGAAUACAAGCGUUAAAACUGUGUCCCAAAAAUGGUUGCGAACCUCCACCUUCGGAGAAUCACUGUUCUCUGGCGCUUCCGUAACUUGUGUACUGCAUCAAUGUAAAAUAAAACUUGGCGCCAGCCGACAGGGCACUUGUUAAUAAAAAGGCCGCAAGGCCACUGAGGACUGGAGC